UUUCUAGAUGCUUUCCAGAUGUGUUCAUUUAAUCUUAUUCUGCUACCCGUCCUCAACAUCAAACUAAUAAUCUUGGAAGCCUAAAAGAACUGGCGACCAGGGUCUGGACUAGUUGAUUGGAAGGGACACCAAUAGGCUCUUCGGAUUGGCCGAUUAUUGAAGGGGCGUCAUCAAUCUCUAGUCAGACCGAGUAGCCUGAGGCCGCAGCGGAAAAGGAAAAGUGAAAGUCGUAAAGAUUUCCAAAGUCCCCCUUGGGUUGGGCAGUUUUUCUUUCCCGAGCCUGCAACCUCCUUCCGCUUCUCCAGCCAUCGUCGGACGCCGUGGGGUCUCAUUUCCCUCCGCCUGUCCCUGCUGCCCUCUCCAUCUCCUGGGUCCGACAAGGUGAGAUGUUCUCCAGCUGGGCCCAGAGGAGGAAUCAGGAGCACCUGGCAAGACUUUGGAAGAAUUUAAGACUACCUGAAAGAGUUGUUAAGUCUAAGGAAGCAGAAUCCAGGUGAAGUAAAGUGGUCAUGGCUGCCAGACCCCUACCAGAGAACCUCCUGGAAGAACUGACCUGCAGUAUUUGUGUGGAGCACUUGAAGGACCCAGUCAGUAUUCCCUGUGGUCACAGUUUCUGCCGAGUCUGUAUCACUGAGCUAUGUGACUAUUAUCAAACCCACGUCCAAGACUCAGUGUCCUGUCCAAUUUGCAAGAAGCUUUUUCAAAAGGAAAACAUCAGUCCCAAUUGGGUGCUGGCACAAUUAGUCCCCAACCUCCUCAACCUGGGACUCUCUGAUAAGCAACCAGAAGAUUCUAAACAGCCAGCAGAUUAUCAACUUUGCAAGCGGCAUGGGGAAAAGACCUUUUUCUACUGUGAAACAGAUGAGCAGUUCCUGUGCUUUGUGUGCAGGGAGCUCCGAGAGCACAGUACUCACGUUGUCCUACCGGUAGAGGAUGCUGCCCAGCCUUACAAAGAUGAAAUUCAGAGACAUCUGGAAAGUCUGAAGGAAUCCAAAGAAAAAAUUAUGCAUUUGAAGGGAAACAAUACGUUCCAGGCACUGCUGAAUCAGAUCCAAACCAAUAAACUGAGAAUUAUGUCUGAGUAUCAGCAGUUCCGGGAGUUCCUUGAUCUACAGGAACAACUGCUCUUGGUCCAAAUGGAGGAGCUAGAGAAGGACAUCACCUGUAAGAAAGAGCAACAUGCCAACCAGGUCUCUCAAAAAAUAUCUCAUCUUGAAAAAUUAAUAAGUAAAAUGGAGGAGAGAGCUUCUCAGACCCCAAGUGAAAUCCUUAAGAUCAAGAAACAAUUGGAAGAAAGGUGGGAGAAAGAACAGGUCCUGACCCCUUUGACCACCUCACAAGACCUAGAAGAGAGAGUGUGUGCAUUCACUGGAAAGAUAGAUGCCUUGGAGGAAUCCAUGAGAAGUUUCAAAGCUCCAUGGCUACAGCUUCACCUUCAGAACAAGACAACUAAGAAAGAGAUAUGCUACACAAUGGAGCAGAUAUUAUACCAACUUGCCACUGAAAUAAUAACCCAGUCUAAGUUGAAAGAUGGUCAAGGAGUCAUUUCUGAAACAGACACGUCUGAAAUACUAGAGAUGCUGGUCCUGGGAAAAUUAAAAGAAGUAUCUUCCAAAUUGAGAAUGAAAAUGAAGACUACCCCUUUGAGAGUAGCUGUGGUUGGAAAUGCUUCCCUGAGUAAUUCAGUGAUUCGUUCUCUGCAUGUAUUUACUUCGCAGGCAAAUAUAGGAACUUUUGUUUUCCAAAAUUAUUCUGGCACUGUCCACUGUGUUGCAGAGUCGCUACCAGAUAUUGAGACAUACGUGAAACCAGUAACAACUUACCUGAAGGAGAUAGAUUGUGCCCAUUUUGAUGCUGUCAUCAUUAUUGUCUCUAUCUGCAUUAAAUCUAUUCAUACCAGCUUAGCAAUAGAGCUCCACAAUAUGGGGAAGAAGGUCUAUUUCAUCUCAAUGGAAGCUCAGCCCAUCCCAACAUUCCACAAGUUCUCGUUUAACAGGGAAAAUGUAAAGCUAUGUGUAUGGAACCUGGAAAGGAUAGGUAUAAGUAAUCCUCAAGUAUUCCUGAUCUCUGUCAUGAAUGAUGUAUUUGACUUUGCAACUUUUUGUAAUGCCUUGAGGGCAUUUGAAUAUCAGAGGAGGGUCAACGCUCAGACUUUGAUGAAUUCCCUGUCUCAUAUUUGUGUAGAUGCCAUUGAGAGGAAGAAGACUGCCUUGCAGGGGAUAAUUGGAGUGGAAUCUUUGAUGAUGGCCCUACAAGUCACUGCUAGUUCUGGGGUUUUAGUCCAGCUCAGGACCUGUCUGAAUCAUUAUCGAAAGUUCUUUGGGGUGGAUGAUCUUUCCCUUACCAAUCUGGCUCAGAUGUUUGGUUGGAACAUAAAGGAAUUACAGGGCACCACCAAGUCCUGGAAUUUGCAGGCACUCAUAAAAGACAAUCAAAAAUUAGCUAUUUUCACAGGCAGAAAGGUUGAGGUAGCAAAGCUUCCUCACCAACAGAGUUAUCAAAAAUUGUAUAAGCAAGCUCAUGAUAUACAUAACUAUUUUCUUGAAAUAGUGACCAAUGAUGCAAUGACGGUCUUUCAGAAAAUAUGGCUGGAGCUGUCUUAAGAAGCCAGCUGA